CCAUUCUUCCCUGUAUCCAUAAUGGCAAUUUUCAAAUCAACACAAUCGCCUUUGGAUUGGCCCUCUUCUCCAAUUUCCUCAAACCCCUUUCCCCACCCAUUUUCCCCCAUCGCAAUUUCCCCUCCCAUUUCCAAUUACCCAUUCUUUCCCAGCCCGCCACAAUGGCAAUUUCCAAAACACGAUCACCUUUGUGGUUGGCCCAAAUUGGCCCCUUUCCCCACCCAUUUUCCCCUUGGCAAUUUCCCCACUCUCUCCCAUUUCCUCCAAUUUACCCAUUCUUCCCCAGCCCACCACAAUGGCAAUUUUCAAAUCAACGCAAUCACCUUUGGAUUGUCCUCUGUGUAUUUAGAUGAAAGAAUACUAGUACUCGUUGGAAUGUCGUCUGCCAAGUCUACUUGGGUAAAUUCUUCCAGUAAAUCCAUACAGUCGUGAAGCAAUCGGUAUUAAAUAGACUAUUGAGGAU